UCUUUAUGUGAUAUGCAAUUAAAAAUUGUGUGGUUCAACCAAGUGAAAUUUAUUCAUAAUUAAGCUGUUAUUAAUUAUAUUAAUACCACAAUGAAGCCAAAAAAGAAGUUGGGUGUUGGUUUGAGCCGCGAGGAACGCAGUGUCAUAGUCAUCGGUGAAAUCAUACAGGAAUUGUUGAAAGCACAUGAAGAGAAAAAAGAUGUAAAUUUGAACCGUCUCAAAGCACGUAUAUCCUCAAAAUAUGGCUUGGAAAGUUCACCACGUCUAGUAGACAUAAUUGCCGCUGUUCCGCAAGAGGCAAAGAAAAUCUUGCUGCCAAAACUACGCGCCAAACCUAUACGCACAGCCAGUGGUAUCGCUGUAGUAGCCGUCAUGUGCAAGCCACAUCGCUGUCCUCACAUAAAUAUGACCGGUAACAUAUGUGUAUACUGUCCCGGCGGACCCGAUAGUGAUUUUGAAUAUUCAACCCAAUCAUACACCGGUUAUGAGCCAACAUCUAUGCGCGCUAUACGUGCACGUUACAAUCCUUUCUUACAAACGCGCCAUCGUGUUGAACAAUUGAAGCAACUUGGACAUUCUGUAGAUAAAGUGGAAUUUAUUGUAAUGGGUGGCACAUUUAUGAGUUUGGAUGAAAAGUAUCGCAACGAUUUCAUAAUGAAACUGCAUGAUGCGCUCAGUGGGCACACCAGUCGUGAUCUUAAGGAAGCUGUGCGUUAUUCAGAGAUUUCGCACACAAAAUGCAUUGGUAUUACCAUUGAAACGCGUCCGGAUUACUGUCUUAAGCGUCAUAUUACUGAUAUGUUGAAUUACGGUUGCACACGUUUGGAAAUUGGCGUACAAUCUGUGUAUGAGGAUGUAGCACGCGAUACAAACCGGGGCCACACCGUAAAGGCAGUGUGCGAAAGUUUCAAAUUGGGCAAGGAUUCGGGUUAUAAAAUUGUGGCGCAUAUGAUGCCUGAUCUACCAAAUGUAGACUUUGAACGUGAUCUGGAGCAGUUUAUUGAGUACUUUGAAAAUCCAGCCUUUCGCUCAGAUGGCUUAAAAAUUUAUCCAACACUGGUUAUACGCGGUACCGGUCUGUAUGAGUUGUGGAAGACUGGUCGCUAUAAGUCGUAUCCACCAUCGAUGUUGGUAGAUCUAGUGGCAAAGAUAUUGGCUUUGGUGCCGCCAUGGACGCGCGUCUAUCGUGUACAACGCGAUAUACCAAUGCCACUUGUGAGUUCUGGUGUGGAGCACGGCAAUUUACGUGAAUUGGCGCUAGCGCGUAUGAAGGAUUGGGGUACUGAGUGCCGUGACGUGCGCACGCGUGAAGUUGGUAUACAAGAAAUACACAAUAAAGUGCGUCCAUAUGAAAUCGAAUUGAUACGCCGUGACUACUAUGCUAACGGUGGCUGGGAGACCUUCCUCUCAUACGAAGAUCCGGAACAGGAUAUACUUGUGGGUUUGUUGCGCCUGCGCAAAUGUUCACCAGAUACGUUCCAAAGAGAAUUAACUGAGGUGGGACAAUGUUCUAUAGUGCGCGAAUUGCAUGUCUAUGGCUCGGUGGUGCCCGUAAGUUCAAGAGAUCCAACUAAGUUUCAGCAUCAGGGUUUUGGCAUGUUGCUGAUGGAAGAGGCAGAACGUAUAGCGAAGGAGGAGCAUGGUAGCGUGAAGUUAGCUGUUAUUUCUGGUGUGGGAACACGCGCUUAUUAUCGCAAACUGGGCUAUGAGUUAGACGGCCCUUAUAUGUCUAAAUUGUUACCGGAUGAGGAAUGGAUUGUGUAAUUAUUUGCAUUAUUUUUCAGUUACUUGUCCUAAAAGACGUUAAACUUGCUAAACACAUUUUUUAAUAAAGUGCUACCAAACAAA